UACAGCAAUGGCGCCUACAAUCACUUCCUCAGCAGGCUACUCAAAGGAACAUUUGAGUCUGAACCACAAGUUAAGAAAGCCACUUGUGGAGAAGAUGCGCAGAGAUCGCAUCAACAACUGUAUCGAGCAGCUCAAGGAUCUUCUGGGUCCACAGCUCCUCAACCAGCAGCCCGACUCCAAGCUGGAGAAAGCCGACAUCCUGGAGAUGACCGUUUGCCUCCUGAGACGACAGCUCCAGCAUAAGACUCUGCCCUCCUCUGAUGAUGUUCUUCAGGGAUUAUCCAGGUGUGCCCAAGAGGUUGUUCACCUCCUGUCUAAAGAUGAGGCUCAGACACACUCCCAUGGAACUGUGCUGAACCACUUCCAGACCCAGAAGCUGUCUUCUGAUGAGGACAUGGCAGAUCAAGCCCUGCCUCAGAUUAGUGUGCUGAAUCAGCACACACUGAGCAAAGAGAAGAGUCAGGGCAAGAGCGCCCACUGGAGGCCUUGGUAGAAAACUUCAAACCAAGAUUCUUCAAGAUUCUCCAAGAUGUU